AUGUGGAGUUGGUUUGGAGGGGCAGGGGCCCAGGCUCGAAGAGAUGCGCCGAAAAACGCCAUUCUCAAACUCCGGCAGCAGCUGGAUAUGUUACAGAAAAGAGAGAAACAUUUGGAGAGCCAGAUGGCAGAGCAAGAUGCCGUAGCAAGGAAGAAUAUCUCUACGAAUAAGACGGCCGCGAAAGCAGCCCUCCGAAGGAAGAAGCUGCACGAACGGACUCUUGAACAGACAUCAGCACAAAUCGCCCAGAUUGAACAACAGAUUUACUCCAUCGAAGCCGCCAACAUCAACCAAGAAACCCUCAACGCGAUGAAGAAUGCUGGACAAGCUAUGAAACAAAUCCAUGGCAAUCUCACCAUCGACAAGGUUGACCAAACCAUGGACGAACUGCGCGAACAACAUGCCCUCGGGGAAGAGAUCGCCAGCGCAAUCACGAAUGCACCUAUUGGAGAGCCGAUCGACGAGGCUGAUCUAGAAGAAGAGUUGGAAGGCUUGGAACAAGAGGCCAUGGACGAGAGAAUGAUCAGCACUGGUCCUACACCUGUGACAGGCGACGUCAACAGAUUACCCGCAGUAUCAAAUGCUCCACUCAAGCAGACGACGCAAGAAGAGGACGAGGAAGAGGAGUUGAAGAGAAUGCAGGCCGAGCUUGCGCUGUAG